AUGGGGAUGUGGGAAGGGAGAAGGGGGAAGAGGGGGAGUGGAGAGAGGGGGGGAGAGAGAAGGAGUGGAGGGAGAGGGGUUGAAGAGAGGGAGUGGGGAGAGAGGGGAGUGUGGGAGGGAGAGUGGGAGAGAGGGAGAAAGAGAGUGGGGAGAGGGGAGUGGUGCGAUGGAGGGGGGAUGGGGGGGAGAGGGAGAGUGGGGAGAGAGGGGAGUGGGAGAGAGGGAGUGUGGAAGGGAAAGGGGAAGGGAUGGGGAGAGAGAGAAAAAAGGGGAGAGAGAAGGGGAAAAGGGGAGGGAGAAGAAAAAAGGGGAGGGGGGGAGGAAAGGGGAGAGGGGGAAAAAAGGGAUGGAGAGUAA